AUGCGACAUGUUGUAGUGAAAGAACUGAAGUGGAGGGUGGACGAGACGGUCAAGUUGUUAUCAAUACCUGACAGCACAACGCAGGCAGUCGAGUGCCAGGAGCAAUAUGUCCGCCCGGUAUCUCGAGAUAGCCAGACUGGCCGGUGGAGUGCAACUGGGGAAGGUCGGAGGACGCAAGCGACAGAGGACGUGAUAGAUAUUCCAUUCAAAAUCAACACCGCUUCAGGCAUGGCAGACGUGAAAUUGGCUGCAUAUAGCCUCGACGGUGAACAGCAACAGCGCGAUAUGCAUGGAGAUCGUGAAACAAGGGUAAUUGUCGUCAAUCACCAACUGACGGUGGAUAUCGUCACAGCAGAAGACACCAUUGAUCAGGUCACUGGCCGGCUGGUGGACCGAAAGCCCUUGUGGAAGUCGUUCAGUGUGUCCUGUGCACUACCUGUAUAUGACCCCAUGUCACCAAAUGUCGAUAUGCCAGGGUUUAUCUUCAACGAAGUGCCCCUUCCGUAUGAUGAAGAGUCUAGCCCUCCUGCUUAUGCAGAUUAUUGUUCUGCUGCUUGA